CCGGUUUUUUGUAUCGCAGUGUCACAACAAAUCAGUGAAAAGUGAAUUUGAAACUGAAAUUUAAAUUUGAUGAGAUUGUUGGCUUUUAUUAAUUUUCUAUUUAAUUCGAGCACUAAUGCAUUCAAAUGGUCAAACAUGUAAACAGUGUGACUGCGUAGAUGAAAAUCUGCUUUGCUCUACUUAUUGUUUUGGCUAAAAUAGAAGUGCUUCUCCGCCGAUUAAAUAAUUAAUUGAAGAAGGGCAGAUUGUUCGUAGAGAGGAUUAAUUUGAAAUCUCUUCUUCAGCUUAAAUCAGAUUCUCUUCAGUGUUAUAUCGAGGAGACUCAGAAAAGGAUUCUUUUGUUCUUUCAUUCGGUAGAGCACUGAGUCAUCGAUAUAUAAUACAUAAUAACAAAACUGAUGUAAAAACUGGACGAAGCUAAGGAUAUUAGUGAACGGUUUCGCACAUGGCAGGGCGUCAUUAUUAUUUAACGGAAUCUUACCCGCAAGAAACAUUUCCAAACUGCCAGAGAUUUUUUUAGGGUUGAUGCCCGCAGCCUUAGGCCUGAUGGGGGCAACACACAGUAGUAGCAGUGGUGUUGCGGCUGGAGGUACCCUGAUGGCUCGCGAGAUAAAACAACUUCGCAUGAUGGCAAUGCUGGAUCGGAACGAUGUGGCCAGGAUGAUUAUCGAGGUAAACGACGCUGGAUUGAACCUAGGCGGAAGAGAGGUAAACGUUAAAGUCGCAGGAUAUUCGGAUGACCACCUCUUGUGGCGAAGUGGAAUUCGGUUUCGUUGCACUGUGAAGGACCUUCAGUCCGGAGAAGAACUAACUAAGGAAAUUAAUCUCCGCCAAUUUAUUACCGUCUACCACAAUGUGAUGGUAAACAAAAAGCUCCUUAACAUUCCGACAACUCAACAAAAUGGAGCAAAGAAAGAGGAUUCCGGACAGCAAACUCAGCUCGCCGAGUUGGAAGGAGAAGAAGAGGAUGAUCAUUUAUGUUGUGUUUGUCUGGAAAGGGAACGCCAGAUCUCGCUGCCUUGCGCACAUUCAUUUUGUCCAUCCUGUAUACAUGAGUGGCAGCUGCGCAGUAAUGCUUGUCCUUUAUGCAGGGAGGAGUCAACGGUUGAGGACCAAUGGAUACUUGAAGAUGGUCCAGAUCUAACCGAGAUGGAGAAGGAACUCAAGACGACACUCGUAAAUCUACUCAGAUCAUUUUAGCAUUUAUUAUCAACCUGACCUGGAAAUGGUGAUUGAAUACGUCUAUCAGAACGUGAACGUUCAACAUCAUAAAACAGUGCAGUAUAGCUUCAAAUGUUUUCUAAAAUCAUAUACCCAAAAUAGAGAUAUGAGAUACGGAACUACAGAAACAAACAUUUGAACACGACUAUUUUAGAUAACAGAAUGCAGUGUUCAGCAUAAUUACUCAGCUCUUGCAAGGUUCGAAUCUGCUGCUCGUCUUUUGAAGAUGGCAUUCUAGUGUACAUUUACGGGUACCGUCUGUACAGUAAGCAUGUCGGUAUCACAGUGUCUCCAGCGGAAGAAUGCCACAGAAAAUAGAUAUAGAAAUACCAAAAAAAACCUAAUUGCAGCAAGAAUAUUGUAGAAAAUACUUGAUCGAACAAAUGAGCUUGAAACUUGGAGUUCAUUAUUAGGCAACUCAAAGUGAUGAUGACGGAGUUCAUUAUUAGGCAACUCAAAGUGAUGAUGACCCAGAAAGGAUUAUAGCUAGGUGAUAAUUGAAUAAUAAUUAGAGGAAACAGAGGGCGGGUGCUAAGGGAGAGAUAAGAUUACUUACAAUGAUGGCUAUAUUAUUUUAAGUACCGUUUGUCAUUUCGGCUUAUACAAUAUGGGUCUAGUUCGAGUCCACUUAACUCCAGCCGUGCUUAUUUUUCGUCUCUCGUUCUUACCCUCCACUAGCUGUUUCAUCAAUAAUACCUGCCUCUGGCAAAAUUUAGCAGUCAGAAAAGUGUUCCUCUUUUAUGCUUAAGCCCAAAAGUCUCAGACCGAUACAUUAAUCCCAUACCGCGCAACUGGGUGGAAGAAACGAUUCGGCAUUGUAGCUCACGGGUAACCCAGUUUUCCUGUUGUCGCUUACAGUGUUAAUAUAUUAACGUUAAUCUGUAGUACCUUCCAGACACUACUACCUUACGAGCACUCAAUGCCCUUUUUUUGUUAAUUGAAACGCUACUACAAAGGUCGUCUCUUACGCAAUAAUAUGAGUUCCUAUUUGAGGUGAAGACAGAAGUAAAUACGUGGUCGAAUUUAUAUACCCUUUAUACAGUUCUGUAAAAAUCAAUUGUUCAAUUACUUAUUAGCUGUCGUUGUUAGCCUUUUGUGCUGUUCAUGCUUGGAAGGGGUUUCCCUGUGCUUAGAAGAAAAGUUAACGGCACUGUUCAUUAUAAUGACUGCCAAAGAUUUUCAGCAACAUCGUUGCCAUCUACACUUUAGCAGAUGCGGCUGCAGCACCGUUGAAAUUCGGAAGUGAUAUAUAUGCAGUCGAAGCUCGAAAUUAGAAAUUUUAGUAGAAUAAAAACGGUUACCGUUGGCAACUCUUUCUUUGUUUAAGUCAAUUGAGUACCGUCAAAAAUGAUAGUCGUGAAUGAAUUGAAUAUAAAAAAUCUGCAACUACAGCUUGUAAUGAUGAAUACCAUUGCUGCGGACGAAUAUUGUACAUUACUAGCCUUUGGUCUGACCAGACAUCUAUGACUAUUUGUGUAAGAGAUCCCAUCAGCAUAGGGGCCAUUACACGUCCUUAUUUUACUAUAUUUUUUAAUAAUAUGAUCUUAUUAGAUAAUAAAUUUUAUUUGAAAUAUAGUCUUUAUUUGUAUACUAUUAUUGCAGUGCGCAUUAAGUUCUGCAAUGUACAUACAUUGAUUAUGUUUAUAUAGCAUAAUACAUUAGUUAGCAUGAAGUUGUCAUAGUUUAUACGACAGCAACCGUAGCGAAUUGCUGUACACUACUAAUACGGCAGAAUAUAUACAUGUUAGUAAUGACCGUUUUCUAACUAAAUGGCUUUAAAGUUACAUAUCUCAUGUAAUAAUAGUCAUUUUGGGUCGGCGUUUAUGUUGUUUGAAAGCAGAGGUUUGACCCCUGUAGAGGUGCUAACAUUAUUGGAAUGCUUUAUCCAGAUUAGAGUGCCUUUAAGAAUAUGUCUAUAAAACUUUGCUAUAUUUUACAGUUAUAUCACGAUAAAGGCGGAAAUGCUGCAUACCAAUAAAAAAAAAAGUUGUGCUGUUUGUGAUCAAGGUACAUUACCGAAAAAAAUAGCCUGAAAAUGGUUCUAUCACUUUCUUUCUGAGAAUUUCGAUGUGAAAAGUGUUUCUCGUAGCGGCCUAUCAGCUACGAAAAAAGCUAACUAAAUUAUUGCGAAAGUUGAAUGCGGCCGAUAUGUGAGUAGCUAUGAAAUCGCCGAAGAAAUAAACAUCCACCGCCAAACAGUUUUAAGCCACUGGAAAAAAGCUGACGAUAAAAAGACAUUUGAUAUUUGUGUGCCACAGGGAUUGACGCAAAUAAAUGUACUUGACUAUGACUAUAUUUCCAUCUUUGAAAAUCUAAGAACGCAACAAGAUCGAGCCAUGUCUGAAACGGUAGAUCACGGGUGAUGAAGAAUGGAUUACAUAUGACAAAAAUGCGCGAAGAAGAUUAUGGUCUGUUGCGACAUGUGGAUUGGUGCCGAAGAAGGUGAUGCUUGUGUGUGAAUCAGAAAGGAAUCGUGUAUUAUAAGUUGUUGCCACCUGGUAAACGAUUAAUUUAGAACGCUACUGUCAACAAUUAAUGUGAUUACAACAAGCUAUUAAAAAAAUCGACUGGAACAAAGUGAACAGAAAAGGCGUUAUCUGCCAAGUGGUAAUGCUAGACCACAUGCAUCUUUAGCAAUUCGGCAGAAAAUGAGAAAACUUGAAUAGGAAAUGUUAAUGCAUAGCGCAGAUCUUGCACCAUAAGGCAAUCAUUUGUUUCGGUGUUUCCAGAAUUUCCUUAAUGGUUCUAGCGGGGCGAUGCAAAAGUCACUUAUCACAGUUGUUUGCUUAUAAAUUAGAGAAGUUCCACAGUGAUGGGUUUAUAUAUAUAUAUAUAUAUAUAUAUAUAAACGCUAAUAAAUAAUAUGCUGAAUGACAAAAUAGUAUAGAGUUAAAAGGACGUGAUUUUCAAAAAUAAGGUUGUACUUUUCACCUGGCUUCGCUUUUGAAUCGUCGUCUCUAAAAUUGGCUACUUAUAUCGUAUAUGAUGACAAUAAAAGUUUAUGCAAAACAAAGCCGUCAACACUCGUUACGCGGGAAGUUACCCGAAAUCGCCGUUUCUUUGAUUACCAAUGGUGCCGUGGUUGAGAUCAUCAUUGUUCGUUGUUAUCGAUCUAAGUAUGUGCAAAGCGCAAUAGCAAAGCAGUAACUAAGUCUUCUUGGAUAUAAAAUUAGUAGCUUAAUUUUU